AGCCUGUGCUAGUAGCGAGACUGAGAGUGAAGCUGGGGAUAUCAUGGAUCAACAGUUUGAGGAGAUGAAUAACAAGCUGAACUCAAUGACUGAUCCGACUGGCUUCCUGAGGAUGGGCAGCAGGAACAACCUCUUGAACAGGAGCUGUCAGAGCAUGACCAGUCUGUUCAGCAGUACCAUGUCUCCUGUUAAGGAUGGAACAUCAUCUCUUCCAAGGAGGCAGACUUCCUUCACCAAACCCCCACUCCGUGCGCUCUACGACUUAUUGAUAGGACCUAUGGAAGGAGGUUUGAUGCAUUCCAGUGGACCUGUUGGCCGCCACCGCCAGCUGAUACUGGUUCUGGAGGGAGAACUGUACCUCAUUCCUUUUGCUCUCCUGAAGGGCAGUUCCUCCAAUGAGUACCUCUAUGAACGCUUCAGCCUCAUUGCAGUGCCAUCCAUCCAGUCAUUGAAUCCCAGCUCCAAGUCCCAUGCGAGGAAGAAUACUCCUGCUUACUCCAGUUCUACCUCAAUGGCAGCUGUCAUAGGAAAUCCCAAGCUCCCUUCAGCAGUUAUGGACAGGUGGCUAUGGGGACCUAUGCCCUCUGCAGAAGAGGAAGCAUAUAUGGUAUCUGAGUUGCUUGGCUGCCAGCCCUUAGUUGGCAGUGCAGCAACAAAAGAGAGGGUCAUGAGUGCCCUCACACAGGCAGAAUGUGUCCAUUUUGCAACCCAUGUCUCCUGGAAACUGGCUGCUUUGGUCCUGACACCCAACACUGACAGCAAUCCAGCCAGCAGCAAGAGUUCUUUUGGGAACCCCUACACAAUUCCAGAAUCCCUUCGGAUGCAGGAUGAUGCCAGUGAUGUGGAGAGUAUCUCAGACUGCCCUCCUCUUCAGGAGUUUCUCCUUACAGCAGCUGAUGUCCUGGAUCUGCGGCUUCCUGUCAAAUUAGUGGUUCUUGGCUCUUACCAAGAAUCCAACAGCAAAGUCACUGCUGAUGGAGUCAUUGGCUUGACAAGAGCAUUCCUGGCUGCUGGGGCUCAGUGUGUCUUAGUGUCACUCUGGCCUGUUCCUGUGGCUGCUUCCAAAAUGUUUGUGCAUGCCUUCUAUUCCUCCCUCUUAAAUGGGAUGAAAGCCAGUGCAGCCCUUGGAGAAGCGAUGAAAACUGUACAGAGCAGCAAGCAGUUCUCCCACCCAUCCAACUGGGCAGGCUUCAUGCUUAUUGGGAGUGAUAUGAAGCUGAACAGCCCUUCCUCACUAGUAGGACAGGCCCUGACUGAGAUUCUGCAGCACCCUGAAAGGGCACGAGAUGCUCUGCGUGUCCUGCUACACCUGGUGGAGAAAUCAUUGCAGCGAAUCCAGAAUGGGCAGCACAACUCCAUGUAUACCUCCCAACAAAGCGUGGAGAAUAAAGUUGGUGGCAUUCCAGGCUGGCAGGCACUACUCACUGCAGUAGGAUUUCGGUUGGACCCUCCAGCCAGUGGCCUCCCGGCAGCAGUGUUCUUCCCAACCUCUGACCCUGGUGACCGGCUACAGCAGUGCAGCACCACCAUACAGUCCCUCCUAGGUUUGCCUAACCCUGCACUUCAGGCACUUUGUAAACUUAUCACAGCUUCAGAAACAGGAGAACAGCUUAUCAACAGGGCUGUUAAAAAUAUGGUGGGAAUGCUACAUCAAGUCCUGGUUCAACUUCAGGCAGGCGAGAAGGAGCAAGAUUUCUCCUCUGCACCAAUCCAGGUUUCCAUCAGUGUCCAACUCUGGAGGCUACCUGGCUGUCAUGAGUUUCUAGCAGCUCUAGGUUUUGACCUUUGUGAAGUUGGCCAAGAGGAAGUGAUUCUGAAAACUGGGAAACAAGCUAAUAGGAGGACCAUGCACUUUGCUCUACAGUCCUUGCUGGCACUUUUUGAUUCUACAGAGCUGCCUAAGCGCCUUAGUCUGGACAGUUCCUCAUCACUAGAGUCAUUGGCUUCUGCUCAGUCUAUUUCCAACCCUGCACCCCAGUAUCAAAACCCUCCAUUCUCUCCUACUUGUCCAGACAGCAUUGCAUCAGAUGCCAUUUCUGUGUAUAGCCUGAGCUCCAUUGCUUCUUCUAUGAGUUUUGUUUCCAAGCCAGAGAGCAUGCCAGAUGGUGUGGGACACAGGGGACGCCAGGACUAUGAAAGGCCCAAGAACGUCUAUCCGCAUAGGUCUGCAGUACAGAGCCAGUUGUCGCCACAAACCAGCACUGUGGCCAGCAAAGAUGAGGAAGAGUAUGAAGGUUUUUCUAUAAUCAGCAACGAGCCUUUGGCGAGUUACCAAGAAAACAUAAAACCAAAAUUUUCCCCUGAUCACAAACAGCCUAAAACUGGUCAGACUGGAGGCAUUAAAGAGUCUGUCAGCCCCAAAGGGAGCAUAAGUACCCCAAGUUCUCCUGUUAAGAUGACUCUUAUUCCCAGUCCAAAUUCACCUUUCCAAAAAGUUGGGAAACUUGCAAGUUCUGAUACUGGGGAAUCUGACCAGUCUAGCACUGAGACUGACAGCACUGUCAAAUCCCAGGAGGACAGUAAUCCAAAGCUUGAUCCACAAGAGUUGGCCCAGAAAAUUCUGGAGGAAACUCAGAGUCACCUCAUUGCUGUUGAAUGCCUUCAGAGAAGCAGCAGCCAAAUAAGCAAGGGCAACAAUUCAGAUGAUGGGGCUUCCACCCCAGCAGGUGUAUCUGUGUUCAGAUCUUCAGAGACCAGUGCAUUCAGUCGGCCAGUCAGCUCUAGUCAGAAGAAUCAGUCUUCACCUCUUAUAAUUAAACCAAAGCCUCCAACAAGGAGUUCAUCCCUUCAGAAAGUGAGUUCCGGCUAUAAUAGCCCUACAACAUCAGAGAUGUCAAACAGAGAAGGCACAGGCCAAUACAGUGGGCAGCCAUCUCCAAAUUGUGAUUCACAUGGGUCCUUAACUGAGCAGCCUCAAUUUAAACUCAAGUACCCCAGCUCUCCCUACAGUGCUCAUAUUUCUAAAUCACCCAGAAAUAUCUCUCCAAGCUCAGGGCAUCAGUCUCCUGGUGGCAGCACUCCGUCUCCUGCUCUUUCUUAUUCCUCAGCUGGUUCUGCUCGUUCAAGUCCAGCUGAUGCCCCAGACAUAGACAAAUUAAAAAUGGCUGCCAUUGAUGAAAAAGUGCAAGCAAUUCACAACUUAAAGAUGUUCUGGCAAAGCACUCCCCAUCACUCCACUGGCCCAAUGAAGAUUCUCCGAGGAGCUCCUGGAACGAUGACAUCUAAGAAAGAUGUCCUCAGUUUGCUCAAUUUAUCUCCACGGCACAGCAAAGAAGAAAGUGCAGAUAAGCUGGAGCUAAAGGACCUGUCUAUUGAGCAACACCUUGCUUCUCCACAAAAGAACCCUCCAAAUGGACACAGGCGCCCUGAAACUACAAAUGCAGUGACAUCAACUCAUUCUCCACCUUCCAGUAGCACUCCAGGAACUGCACGUCCCUUGAGGCUGCCAUCUGGAAACGGUUAUAAAUUUUUGUCACCGGGAAGAUUUUUUCCUUCCUCCAAAUGUUGA